UCGCUCUGCAUCAGUCAGUCACGGUGGCGAUGUACAGCUGGGGUGAGGGCGCGCGCGGGCAGCUCGCGCAGCACCUGCAGGGCGACGACGGAGGUGCGCUGCUGCUGGAACCCCGAGCAGCGGCUCUCAGUCUCGGCCCCGCGCAGGUGCUCCAGCAGGUGGCCUGCGGGCAAGAGCACACCGUGGUCCUGGACGCGGACGGGAAAGUGUGGACGUGCGGACGGAAUUCGGCGGGACAGCUGGGAAGAAGGAAGGACAAGGACAGGACAGCACCCGGGGCUGUGAAGGGCCUGAGUGCCAUUGUGGGCGUGGCCUGUGGGCAGGACCAUUGCCUGGCUCUCUGUGAGUCAGGAAGAGUAUUUGCCUGGGGGCGGGGCAGCGAGGGGCAGCUGGGAAUUAGAAACUUUGAAAACCACAUCAUCAAGCCAAGAGAGGUUUCCACACCCCGUCUGCAAUGUAUGCCAAUACCAAUAGUUCAAGUUGCAUGUGGAAAUCAGCACUCCUUGGCCCUCACUGUAGGGGGUGAUGUGUACUCCUGGGGUGUGAAUAGAUUUGGACAGCUAGGCCACCCCAAGGAGGUCUCCACUCUGGCCAUUCCCUCUCGGAUCCAGUCUCUCACCGGAGUGCCGGUGACGCAGAUUUGUGCAGGAGGGGAGCACAGCCUGGUCCUCGGCCUCUCUGGGCUGGUCUACUGCUGCGGAGCCAACGGUUCCGGACAGUUGGGCCUCAACAGAGUGGACGAGAAAGGCAGGUUCAACGUGUGUGUGGUGCCCGCUCUGAGAGAGCUCAGCAUUUCCUCCAUAAGCUGUGGAGAGGCCCACACUGCGGUUCUCACUCAGGACGGCAGUGUGUUCACCUUUGGGGAGGGAAGCUACGGGCAGCUUGGACACAACUCCACUGCGAAUGAACUGAGGCCCAGGAGGGUGGAAAGUUUAGAAGGGCAAGCAGCACAGAUUGCAUGUGGCAGCCACCACACGCUGGUCCUCAUGUCCUCUGGACUCCUCCUGGCCUUUGGCAGUGGGCUGAAGGGACAGCUGGGUAACGGUGACACGGACGGGCGUCUGGUGCCAUCCCCGGUGCGGGCCACAUGGAGACAUGAAGGUGCAGCUGGACACUCUGAUAUGAAAAUAUCCGCUGGAUGGAACACAAGCAUCAUUCACUGUGUGCCACCCAUGAAUGGGGAAAAGAAAGAAAAAUGUUAUAAAAUCAGUGACAAGAAGCUGCAGAAGUGGAUGACACUCAAGUCCGGCAGUAAAGAGCUUGAGGAAGCUAAAAGGGAAAUUUCUCUUAUCUUGUCUUCGAGCUCAAGUCUUGUUGCCAAUUUUCUGAGAAAGAAAGACCCAACUUCAGGUGACACUCCAGGCACCGCUUUCGUUGACCUACAGGCUGCCAGACGGUCUUUCGAACAGAUGCAGGCCAUACCCUGGAUCAGCCCUCUGAUGAAUGCUGUUGGAGAAUUGGUGACAGACGUUUUGUCAGCCUCUCUAUAUAUGAGAUCAGUGGACAUCUUCUUGGUCUUACCUGAGUUGCCCCUUCUCCAUGAGGACCAGAGCAUCAUUAAUAUUGUUCUGAACCUGGCCAAAGCCAUUAUUCAACUGCCUGAUUCCUCCCAGAAACAACUGAAACAGCUGUGGUCGUUGCUGGAGCCGGAGGUAGUGAAGAAACACAUCCGCAUGUGGAAGUGUGCUGUGUCCUUCAUUCUGUGUUGUGGUCUUCUGCAACAAUUCAACAAGUCGGUUGCAGAUGUCCUCCAAAUAAUGAAGUAUCUUUACAAGGCAAGAAAAGCACUAGUUGAUGCCAGUGAAUUCUACCUGGAGGACCUUAACUUUUUUCCUGGGCUUCUCCUGCAAGAUCUGUGUCUUUGGCGCGGGUGGAAGAAACUGGAGGACAACUCAGCACCUCCAGCCAUUUUUUGCCGCUUUCCGUUUGUUCUGAAUUUGUCAAGUAAGAUCCAGAUAUUUAAUUUUGCUGCAGAGAUAUCCAAGAAUGACCACCAGCAGCAGAUCAUGAACCAAGCCAGGCUUCUGCAGCUUGGCAUAUAUCCCUCAGAGCUGCCCCCGUGUCCAGUGUUUAAGCUGCAGUUGAGGCCACAGGAGCUGCUUGAAGACACCUUCAGAAAACUCAGUAUCGCCGACCACGAGAACUUCAAGAAAGACCUCGUGGUGGUUUUUACUGACAGCUUGGAGUCGUCAUUCCUGGACAGGAUGGACUUUUUCCUUCUCAUCUUCCAGCAGCUGAUUGUACCUGGAUCUGGGGUGUUCACACAGAACGAAGCAGGAACAGUGGUCUGGUUUCCUGUUCGGCCCACAGAGCCAAAUAAACGGUACUUCCUGAUUGGGGUUCUGUGCGGACUCGCUGUGUACAACAACAACAUGGUGUACCUGCCGUUCCCCCUGGCCCUGUUCAAGAAGCUUCUCAAUGUGAAACCCACACUUGAGGACCUCAAAGAACUCAGUCCUGUGGUGGCAGAGUCUUUGAACAAAAUAUUGGCAAUCGACAGUGAUAUGGAAAUGGAAGACAUGGGCCUGACAUUUUGUGUGAGCUGGGAUGAUGUAACUGUGGAAUUAGAUCCCAAGGAAAAGGGAAAACCUGUCACCAUAAAAAAUAAACAGGACUUUGUCAAUGCAUAUGUGGAUUACAUUCUGAACACAUCUGUGGAGGCAACCUUUGAAGAAUUCAGGAGAGGCUUUUUCACGGUGUGUGACAUGGACGUGGUGGAACUCUUCCAGCCACAAGAGCUGAUGGAGCUGAUGGUGGGGAAUGAAAACUAUGAGUGGGACAAGUUCAGACAGAACACAAUAUAUGAAGACGAGUACCAUGCAGGCCAUCCUAACAUCAUCAGAUUCUGGGACGUGUUUGAGGAGAUGACUCAAGAUCAGAAAAAGUCCUUCUUCUGGUUUGUGACAGGUGACAGACGGGUUCCCAUUCUGGGGAUGGACCAGAUAAAGAUGAAGGUGAAGGUAAAGCUCCAGUCCACCGACGAUCACUACCCAGGGGCACUGAUCUGCCACCACCUCCUGUGGCUGCCCAUCUAUGAGACCAAGGAGGGGCUCAAGACAAAGCUCAUUGAGGCCAUCAACCACAAGAAGGACUACUGGAAGGACAUGGCUGCAGCCACCAGCCCGAACCCUUGAGAAACUUAAAUUCACACCACCAUUUCUCAGCGGCUUAGGUGCACAAGCUCCUUAUUUUAGACAAAAUGGUGUGGUGGAUAUAUAAAAUCUGCUUAUGUAUUGCUAGGUCAUGGCUAAAUUUGCAAAAGCAUAUUUAAAAAUGCUGUUUCCAUUUAUAUUUCUGUUGCUACUGUUGUAAGACUAACUAGCAAAAUAUA